CAGCUACUUCAGCAGAGCAGGAAGACACUAAAAAAGAAUGGGAAGCGUCUCUGCACCCGUCCAACCCCCUGAGGCUGAAGCUCCGGCAUCGUCAACAGGACCAAGGCAACUCGUCUGGACCAUCUUAUGGAUGACCAUGUUACUCUGCUCCGAAGCUGCCAGCGUGAACCCACACCAACCCGUCAAAAUCACCUGGAAACUGCAAAAUGGACUAACACUUGAGAUGCUUAACUCCACCACCGCAAUACAUCCACCAAAUACUUGGUGGCCAGACUUAUACUUUGACCUUAAGCCGGUGGUAAAUGUACCUUGGAAAAGGGGCUACCUCCGGAAUCAUGCAUUCUGGGCAUGUCCAGGUGCACCCAGGCACAACCGGAAGAUCUGUGAGGGGAUACAGGACUCUUAUUGUAAAUCUUGGGACUGCGUAACUUCUAAUGAUGGGUCGGAGACUCCAGGGUAUAGACAGUGGGAUGUAGGAAAUCGGGACUUGCUUAACUUCUCAUUUGUAGGACCCGUUCCUCCGUACUCCGAUUGGGAAAAGGAUCAUAACUUUGUCCAGGUAAAAAUAAGGUUUAACAUUGACAAAGCAAAAAAAGAGAAGGCCUGGGUCAACGGGAUAUCAUGGGGACUUCAGACCAGAAAUGACCUGACUACUUAUAAUGGGAUCAUUGUUGUGAGUCAAGUUUUAGAACCAGUACAAAUGUAUAGUAUCGGUCCAAACCCCAUUGAACAGGUCCAUGCAACUCUCUACCCAACAACCUCCCUACCUACACCCCAAGGACAAACAAAAGACCCAGAGACGGGCCCCCUUGCUAAACUUGGACAAACAGAUCUGCUAUGGAAAUUAGUAAAGGCAGCUUAUGCUACCUUAAAUCAAACCCAUUCUGAGGCAACUAAAUCCUGUUGGUUAUGUUACAACUUAAUUCCCCCUUAUUACGAGGCAGUAGGCCUCAAUGCCUCUUACGACCUGGCCAACGGCACCGAUCCUCCCCAAUGUCGAUGGGGAGAAUGAAAAGUAGGUCUUACAAUGAGAGAAGUGUGGGGAAAGGGACUAUGUAUGGGCAAAGUGCCGCCAGACAGAUCCUCAGUGUGUGCCCUUACUGUUGAACUCAUGAGUCUGCCUGUAGCCAGGUGGUCAGUUCCACAGAUGGGAGGAUGGUGGGUGUGCUAUCACACUGGGUUGACUCCCUGUGUACAUAGCUCCAUUUUUGAUCCUAAAAAAGAAUUUUGUGUUAUGGUGGCUGUGAUACCAAAGAUACUGUAUCGACCAGAAGAAGCUGUAUAUGAUUAUUGGGCCCACAAAUUGACUCUUAAUCAACAAGAAAGAGCUUAUAAAGUUAAGAGAGAGCCCAUUACUGCCAUAACCAUAGCAACUAUGUUCGGUCUGGGAAUAGCUGGGGCCGGAACUGGAAUAACAGCUUUGUCCAUGCAAAGUCAAGGAUUUAACUCUUUAAGAGCAGCCAUAGAUGAAGACAUCACUCGUAUAGAACGUCUAUUAGUCAUUUAGAGUCAUCUUUAACUUCCCUGUCUGAAGUAGUUUUGCAAAAUAGAAGAGGGCUAGAUCUGCUGUUUUUGCAACAGGGAGGACUUUGUGCUGCCCUAGGAGAAGAAUGUUGUUUUUAUGCAGACCAUACUGGAAUAGUUAGGGAAUCCAUGGCCAAAGUGAGAGAGGAGCCAGCCCAGCGUAAACGAGAGCGUGAGGCUCAGCAGGGAUGGUUUGAGUCCUGGUUUCAACAAUCCCCCUGGCUGACUACUUUAAUCUCUACCUUGCUAGGACCCCUGAUAAUCCUUCUAAUAAUGCUUACGUUCGGCCCUUGUAUUAUCAAUAGACUUGUAGCCUUUGUAAAAGAGCGCAUUAAUACAGUACAGCUGUUCGUGCUUCGGCAGCAAUAUCAAACGGUAUCUCAGGACCCAGAGGAGGAUUCCUCUGUAUGAUCUAAGAACAGGGGGGAAUGUUAGGCGGUCAUGUUAGGGUGGUCAGCUCAAUGAGGUGCAUAACAGUGCCAGGGACCUGAGUCAUGUUUCCUGUUUUCUUGAAGAACAUUCCUUAACCAAAUAAGGA